AUGGGUUUGGUAACACUGUACAUGAGAAAACGAAUCGUUAGUCAGCACUUCAGCAGAUUUGUCCGAUGAAUUUCUCCUAUUUCCACGAGUUUCUACUGCAUUGAUUGACUUUCAAUAUCUAAACCGGGUUAAUUUUUUACCGAAGAAUUUGUAUUUUGAAGAGAUGGGGACCGACAUCUUAAUUCCGCUGGAAUCUAACCCUGACGUGAUGAAUAAGUUUCUUCAAAAACUAGGCGUGCCAUCGGAAUGGAACAUUGUGGACGUAAUGGGGUUAGAUUCUGAGAUGUUAUCAUGGGUACCUCGCCCAGUUCUUGCUGUUCUGCUACUAUUCCCUGUUUCCAAAUCCUACGAACAAUAUAAAGAAAAAGAAGAAAAGCUUAUUUUGUCUAAAGGCCAAGAUGUAUCUAUUGAUGUUUUUUAUAUGAAGCAGCACCUGAGCAAUGCUUGUGGAACUAUUGCCCUUAUGCACAGUGUGGCCAAUAACACUGACAGAAUUAUACUUCGUGAUGGACCCAUGAAAGCUUUCCUAGAAGAAGCCAAACCUCUUGAUCCAGUUGCUCGAAGCAAAUUGUUGGAAAAGACUGAAAGUAUUAUCAAUGCUCAUAAAGAACUUGCACAAGAAGGUCAAACUAGGACUCCAAGUGCAGAAGAGCCUGUAAACCAUCACUUCAUUGCUUUUGUACACAAGGAUGGUAUGCUGUAUGAGUUGGAUGGCAGUAAGUCAUUCCCCAUAAACCAUGGGCCUACUACACCAGAUACUCUGUUGGAAGACGCUGCUAAAGUAUGCCAGGAAUUCAUGGCUCGUGACCCCAAUGAGAUGCGGUUCACUGUAGUUGCUUUGACUGCUGCUGAUUAAAAUUCCCACCAGUAUAUUUAUGUGUGGUAAUUACGUAAUACGACUAGUCUGGCAAGCGGUGUGCUUUACUGAUUCAAGCUUAAAUUCAUUCAUGUAUUUAAUAUAUGCAAUGCUGAGCAAUAAACUU